AUUUAUGUUGUGAGUGUGACGUUAUCGUCACUUUAGCACGAAAAGACGACAGAGGACGUUGUAAGAAGGCUCUGUCGCGUCAGCUAAAGCUAGCAUAGCAUAUUAGCCUUGUAAAACGUCGUUGUGACAUUACCAAUAUGGCACUGCACCGCUUAUUCCAGCUGUCCUCCGUGCUGCGCUCCGCCGUGAGCCUGACCCUGCGCCGGAACAUCGGCAUGUCCGCUGUCCUCUUCAACCGGACCAAGGAUCUCGACCCCGUCCAGAAACUGUUCCUUGACAAGAUCCGCGACUACAAAGCCAAGAGCAAAACUUCAGGUGGUAUUGUGGAAGCAGGACCCGAAUACCAGAAGAACCUGUCUGAUGAGGUUACCAAACUGCAGAGGCUAUAUGGUGGAGGAGACCUCAACAAGUUCCCUGAUAUCAAAUUCUCAGAGCCCAAGUUUGAUGAAGGAGCCAAGUGAAUGCUGUCCAUGUUGUAUAUCUCCUACAUGUCACCGAUAUGUUCUAUUUAAUAAAAGAUAGUGGAUUGAA